AUGGACCGUGAAUCCUGUACAAGUCGCAUCGACGUCCUGGAGAGGCUUCUACUUGAUGAAAGUGCAGAACCCACAAACCUGCCAUUAUCCCUCCUACAAGACAUCACAAACCAUUUCUCUCUUGAUCACCAAAUUGGGAGCGGCGGGUUUGCGAUGGUUUAUAAGGGAGUAGUCGGGAAAGGUAUGGUCGCUGUUAAGAAGCUGUCAAACACGUUUGCUAUUCAAGAGAAUAAAUUCCAUGAGGAGGUUAAGUGCCUGAUAAAGGCCAAGCACAAGAAUAUUGUACGGUUUCUGGGGUAUUGCUCUGAAACAAAAGGUAAGAUGGAAGAGUACGAGGGGAAUCUUGUCAUGGCAGAUCAGCGGAACUGGCUGCUCUAUUUUGAAUGCCUUGGUGAAGAUCAAACCCGUUCUAUUACUCAAAACCUACAGGGGACACUGGGAUACAUGGAUCCGGAGUACCUCAGAUCAAGACAUAUCACAUUCUCGUCAGACAUAUACAGUCUUGGUGUUAUAAUAAUGGAGAUACUGAAAGGAGUGAGGCAGUAUCUUGAAGAUGAAUAUGUAAGAAUAAUUUAG